AAAAAUGUGGCACCUCAAGGCGACUACCGUACCAGUGAUUGUAGGAUCUGUAGGAACGAUAAAAAAAGGUACUGAAACCUAUUUGAAAAUGAUACCAGGCUUACCAUCCCUACAGGGAGUGCAAAAAAUCGUGUUAACUGGAAUGACUCAUGUACUGAGAAGAGCAUUAUCGCUGUGAAAACAACAUCAAUUCAUGAAUUUAUUUAUUUAUUAAUUUUUUUUUUAAAUACAUAUUUUACCUGUGAAUUUGCGUGUGUAAACUGGGAAUGCAUACAAUGAGUUUCUCUGCCCUAGGUGUACAGAAAACACUCGGCGAGAAAUGGAAGAAAAUUUGAAGAAAGAAGAAAAAAAAGACAACAUAAUAAUAAUAAUAAUAACUAUCAUAAUUGUACAUCACUCAAAUCAGAUGAAUCCAAUAAUGGAAAAGUAAUGUUUCAAAUCAGUCCAAAAAUGUUUCUACACUCAUUUUCGAUGAUAAAGUUUUUCAGGAGGAUGUUCAAAAUGUUUUCAUUGACCCCACCAAAAUUUGAGGGUGUCUGUUUCUGAACCUAUGGUCUUAAUCAGUCAGCUGACACUACAAUUAAUCAAUGAGUAGCUACUAUUUAAUCUCAGGUCACCACUGCUCAAACAGAUGUCUGAUUAUAAGAAUUCCAGCAAUGAGCAACCCAUCUUCUUCAUCAUCAUCGUCAUCAUCAUCGUUUAACGUCCGCUUUCCAUGCUAGCACGGGUUGGACGAUUUGACUGAGGACUGGUGAACCAGAUGGCUACACCAGGCUCCAAUCUGAUUUGGCAGAGUUUCUGCGGCUGGAUGCCCUUCCUAACGCCAACCACUCUGAGAGUGUAGUGGGUGCUUUUACAUGCCACCGGCAUGAGGGCCAUUCAGGCGGUACUGGCAAUGGCCAUGCUCAAAAUGGUGUAUUUUACAUGCCACCUGCACAGUCCAGUGGCACUGGCAACCGAUCUCGCUUGAGUGACUUUUCACGUACCACCAGCACAAAUGCCAGGAAGGCGAUGCUGGUAACAAUCAUGUCAAAUCUUUUGUUCAGGACUACAUUGUUCAACGUAUUUGAAGGCACAUGGCUUACUUUUUAGGGCAUUAGGUUCACGGUUGUAAGGUCAUGAAUUCAAUUCCUGGUGACGUGUUGUGUCCUUGAGCAAGACACUUUAUUUCCCAUUGCUCCAGUCCACUCAGCUGGCAAAAAUGAAUUUAGUCUGUAAUUCAAAGGGCUAAUCUUAUCACAUUCUGUGUCAUGCUUAGUCUCCCUGAGAACUACAUUAAGGGUACAAGUGUCUGUGGAAUGCUCAGCCACUUGCAUGUUAAUUUCACGAGCAGGCCGUUCUGUUGAUCAGAUCACCUGGAACCCUUGUCACCAUAACUGAUGAAAUGCUUGUUUAUUUGAUGUAUCUUUCCAUUUUUUAGUUUGGACAUGCAUGAUCUGAGGGAGAUUUGGUUCCUAUUUCUACCAGGUCAAUUGACUAGAUAGAUGUACUGUCAUUGGUUUGUCAACCAAUCACUUAACUGUUUUAGUAAGGUUCUAACCAACUGGACAAUAUCUCAAUUCUUUAUAUCUUACCCCUGCAACUUUGAAUUAUCCUUGCUAACAACAUUCAACACUUUCAGCUGCAUUUAAUCAAGCAGUACAUAGGUACAAUGAGUAUGUGCAUUUCACCACUUACAACAGUGGGAGUACUGUAUAAUUAACAAAUGCUUUGCUACUUUGUAUUCCUGAGUUCAGUUUCUACCAUGGCGAGGAUCUUAGAAAGUAGCAUUUGAAUCAAAUAACAACCCCCAAAGAUAAAUGGAAUACAACCAACUGAACCUUUUCAUGACACACAGCAUAAAGGUGGAGUAAUCAGUGGAGGUCUCACACACAAUAAGCCAACAGCAUUUCAUAUCAAGUAUUCAGUGGAAUAGAGAACAUAUUCUUAUUCUUUUGAUCUUGUUCAUUUUACAAGUUAUUACCAGCACCAGCACCACCAAGACCACGACAAUGAUGAUGACGACGACGAUGAUGAUGACCACCACCACCACCACCACCACCACGACAAUGACGAUGACGACGAUGAUGACCACCACCACCACCAAGACCACAACAAUGAUGAUGACAAUGAUCGCCACCACCACCGCUGCCGCCGCUGCCGCCGCUGCCGCCGCUGCCACCGUCUCGACCACCACCUCCACCACCGCCACGACCACCACCUCCACCACCACCACCACUACCACCUCCACCACCAUUAUCAGCAACAGCAACAGCAUUAUUUUAUUGUUAUUAUUAUUACUGUUGUUUAUUAUUAUUAUCAUUACUACUAUUGCUAUGGUUGUUGUGUUGCAAUUAUUAUUAUUAUUAUUAUUGUUGGUUGUUUUUGUUAUUGUUGCUGCUGCUGCUGUUGUUGUUAUUGUUGUUGUUGUUAGCACUAUUAUUAUUAUUAAAAUGAAACUCGUUGCAGACAGACACAUCAAAGUGGGCUGAAAUCAAUCUGAAACUUAUCGAGAGCAAAAUAGAAAAGGACAAAGUUGUACCAGAGAGUGAAAAUUUGUGUGAACUUCUGAACAAAGUCAUAGGCCAUUGUACACCAGUUGGAACAAUCACCUGUUUCCUGAAGACAUUUGGCAUUGAUUAUUAUAGUCAUGUCUCACUAACUAUUGACAGCCAUAUUUCCAAGAAAGCAAAACAACUGAUGCUUGAAAUGGACAAAUAUCAGAAGAAAUAUUACCGAAUCUCAGCCAAUAUCACGACAAGUUCUAAAGUAUCUCUGCGACUGUAUAUCACUUUACGGAAGUUAUGUAACAUAAUGAAAGGCAAUUUUAGCCAAAGAGAACAGUUCUUGUUAGUCAUUGCCAAUUAUCAAAAAUGGUUUCUGGAAUCCUUGAUCCACUGGCUGAUGACGUUCAAAGUAGAAUGCCAGAGUAGAAUGUCCAAAGCACUAGAGAUGGAUAAAGACAUUGUGUUAGUGACGUAUAUGUUGAAAUUUUCCAAUUCCUCUGUGGAUGUGCUGUCAUGCUUUGCGAGUAUCACUCAAGAAUGGAGAGAGAUUGACUACAACAAUGCUGACGUUGCAAUGAUGGCAAUCACAAAGAUAACAGACUUGAUCUGUGAUUCUAUCAAGUUUUAUGCAGAGAAGAUCCAUACCAUUUUGAGGAACAAUAGUUAUUAUGAUGAACAGGUGCAUCACUUUGAUAUUAACGAUCAGUUAUGUAUUACACUGAAUAAUAUUCAGCAUGUCAGUUCCUACCUAGACAGUUUGAAACAUGACCUUGAGUGGGCGAAAACAGCAGCAGCGAUGUCUGAACUACAUGACUCUGAUGAAAUUGGUGAGAAAUGUCUGAACACUUUGUACCGACUUAUUGACAACUGCAAGGAAGAAAUUGCUAUGAAAAGCGAACUUCUAGUGCAGGAAGUUGUUGGAAGGAUGAGUAGAGAUAUCAGAAGAAAGAUGGAUCUACUCACAAGAAAAGACUGGAAGAAAUCGUCUUCAUCAGACCCUCUUAAGCAGUACCUGCAGAGGAAUAUGGCCACACUUCAACAGUGCUUGCAUGAAUCAGUAUACAGUCUAAUGGUACAAGAACUUUGGCAGACUUCCAUCCAGAUCAUGGAACAACAGAUGAUGGUUGGCCAACUUCCUGAUUAUUACCAGAUACUGUAUCGGCAUCUCCGCACACUUCGCAUCUUCUUCCUGAGUCACCGAGAACAAUUAAAUGUGCAUUGUGAUGUUAGCCGACACAUUGAGGAACGCUUAACUCUUAACUGUAAGACCACACAAGAACUGAUGCUACAGUAUCUAUGCAAACUCUGCCAAGAUCUGAAAACACCAGAAGAAGACUAUGGACAGGUGGCCCUUAAAGCUGGUUACAUAUCGGAAACUCAUGGCUAUGUCACUAUAUACGUGAAAGUAAUCAAUGCUAAGGAUCUUCCAGGCUUGGAUACCACAGGACUUAGUGAUCCAUAUGUUGUAAUCACUCUACAGCCUCGAAUAUUAUUCCAAAAUCUCAGAUCACAGAAGACGAAGAUUAUUACCAAAACUUUGAACCCCGUUUUCAACUCCUCUUUCCAAUUCCAUAAUGUUCUUAGUGAGUUUCUGAAGAAACAAGGUGCCGCAGUUCAAAUUUUGGUAUAUGACUACGAUAAACUGAAGCGUGAUGAUUUCGUAGGAGAAGCUGUGAUCCCUUUAUCAUCAAUCCCACAGUUGAAUGGCAAUGCUUUGGCCUUUGAGAGAACCCCCGGAAUGAUCUUGCCAUUGAAGAGACCCUCUAUGACAGAAGGACCAUUAAAAGUACUUCAGGAACGAUCUCAGAAAGAUUCAGAAGCCAAGGAGUUUUUAAAUGAAAGACAAAAUCUGUUUAAUAAUCAGCGGAAACGAACAGAUGGAAACAAAAAUUAUAAUGCUCUCAAAUUUUUGCUGGAAUAUUAAAGUCAAUGUUAUUUUGAACAAAUAUGGCUUCAGUUUCAAAUCAUAUUCAUACUUGAGAUUGAAAAGAAAAUAAAUUAUUUUGUACUUUUCUAAA